AUGUUAGAAGAACAGAGUCGUCGCAAGCGAGGUCGACCCCCAAAGACGCCCCGGGCAGGCUCCAAUGAUCAGCCUUCCGCAAAUACGCCCGUCCUGACCCCCCAAAUGCAAGCGCGUGCGCUGCCCACAUCCACCGCCGGCUCGCCGCCCCUGGCGUCCCCCGACAGCAAAACUACGCCGACCAAGUCGUUGGUCAAGGCACUCCCCACCGUGAGAGAUCAUACAUCCGACCAGCUGAAUCCAGAGGGCGAUGAGUACAUACCCAAGGAAUUCGACGAGGCAGGAGAAACCAAGGCAGAUCCUAUGGGAUAUCUGCAGGGCAACCGUGAAUAUAAAUGCCGAACGUUCCGCGUUCCCCUCCGGGGGACGAAGCUAUUCAUGCUUGCGACCGAGUGCGCCAGGGUAUUGAAUUAUCGAGAUUCAUAUCUUCUGUUCAACAAAAAUCGCUCGUUGCACAAGAUUAUUGCUUCCCAGAUUGAAAAGGACGACCUCAUUCAUCAAGAUAUACUACCCUAUUCCUAUCGCUCUCGGCAGAUCGCCAUUGUUUCCGCCAGAUCUAUGUUCCGCCAAUUCGGGAGCCGGGUGAUUGUGAACGGGCGCAGGGUUCGCGAUGACUACUGGGAAAGCAAGGCGAUCAAGCAAGGAUUCACAGAGGAUGAUAUGGCAGGAGAAAAGCGCCCCGGCGCAGCCAAGGCUCGGGACGGGACUACGGCGGAGCCGGCCACAAAUAUGCUCCCGGCACUUCCCCACAAUGAUGUUGUCUACAGCAGUACGAUCGAGCCAUUGCCUCCCGGUCUGUCGCUGGAUGUGGGAGAUUCGAUUUCUCUGGGCCCGUUGCCCAUGAUCCACAUGGCAGCAGCAGAUGACCCACGGCUGCGCGACUACAAUGCCAUACCGCGCGCACGGCAGGAAAUGACCGGGCAGCCUUAUCAUGACCGCACCCAAACCAGUUCCGCAGCGGACCUUAUCAACCAAGCGCAACACACAGCAGAUUUCAACAAAGGCCUGACCAGCCAGCGGUCCUUCCGCCAAAAGGGUCUGGAUGAGUUCUACUCGAAGCCCCGCGAGGCCCCGGUCUCAGAGGCGCAGUCCAGUACUGCCCUUGAAUCGGGGUUGUCCGUAUCGCAGCCUGUGCAGGUCUCUCACGUGCCCCAGCCCGGAAUGCCAAAUCAAAUGCACGCCCAGCAGCACAUGAUGCCUCAGCAAAUGCCCAUGCAGGCCAACCCAAUGAUGGGUAGCCAGCCACACUAUCCUCAACAGGCCCAUCCCCAGUCGGUCGGACAGUCCCCUCUCCGAAUUCCGACGAACAUGCAGCCCGCCCUCAUGCAGCACCGACCCAACCAAGCUAUGCCUGGAGGUAUGCCACAGGCUGCUCCCUACGGCUACCCAUCCCAGCAGCAACAGGUGUGGGGUCAGCCACCCCCACAGCCACAGCCAUCCCCGUUGCCCUCGUCGGGUCACCAAGGCGUUGGAAUGCCCCAGUACGGUCAACAGAUGUCUGCAGCCCCGCAACAAAGCCCAUCACCCAUCGGCCCUCACCCGCAACAGCAACACCACCACCAGUCUCCUCGCAACCAGCAGCGCCAGUCAAUACCACAGGUGCCACAGCAGUUUGCCCAGAUGCAACACCCCCAAUCCGCACAACCCCCAGGCAUGCAGGGCAUGGGAUACCCCGGAGGUGCGCCGGCCGGCUACCCGGGAAUGCAACGAGCCAUGUAUCCACCCAACCAAGCCCCAGGCGGUCAGCAAUUCAUGGCCGGCAACCCUCAACAAGCAGGCCUUGCAAUGGGCAUGGGAGGCAACGGUAUGCCUGGGUGGCCCGGUCCUGGCGGACAGAUGCAACCUGGCCAGCCUCAGCCGGGUCAGUCUGGCAGCGCCUUGGGUGGAUGGAAUUACUAG